CUUAAUCUCGUCCGAUCUUGGAAGGAUUUGGGCUGACAGUCAUGGCCAGCUCCCCAGCCUUGGAUGCAGAGCCCAGCCUGCUCUCGGCCACCGUGGUGGCGGGUCUAAAGAACCUGGGAGCCAUCAUCUCGCCGCCGCUGACCAAGUUGCUCAUUGCGAACUCGCUGAAACUGACCCUUCAUCCGGAUGCCACAAUUGCUCCCGUGCCCGAGAUCUAUGCCAACAAUGCCGCCUGCGCCAAACAGAGCGAGUACGCGGUGGUCACCCUCUACGCGGUGGCCACCAAGCACAACUGGGAUGGGAUGCAGUUGCGCCAGCAGCUGGAGCAACUGGAUUCGCUGGACGCCAGCGCCAUUGACGAACUGUGCCGCGUGUACGAGGACAAUCGCAGGGAGCUCCUCCUCCGGCAGCUGCAGGUGGGCCACAGUUUUCCGCACAUCACCGACAUCCAGUGGCGCAUCGUCUGCGACGUCAAGUCCUCCACCUCCGACUGCAGCUCGGGCGUGGCCAGCUUCCACAUCAAUCUGGGCAACUUCCGGCCGAGCAGCGGCGAGCGGGAGACGAUCGUGGAGUUCGUUUGCAACGCCGAGGAGCUGCAGUCGCUGAUCAAUAGGCUCAAGGAGAUCGAGCGGCACUGCAGCCAGGUGGCCUAAUCUCUA